CAACGAAACAGCUGUUCACCAUCAGCUGUUCUUCAUAAAAAAACACACGGCUCAUAUUAACAUAAAUUAAAUAAAUAUGAUAAAAUCUAGUAUAUUUCGUGUGCUUCGUGAAAAUCGAUUAAGUAUUCCAUUAUUACGUUCACUUCAUCCUGUAUUUACAGACACAGAUCCAAAGAAAGACAAAGUCCAUGGCAGUGAAAAGGAUAAAGUCACUUCCUCAGCGGAUACCAAUUCUGAGCCAAAGUUUCAACAUACAGUAGCAGGUACCGUCAGUCGUAAAUAUCAAAUUUUCGAAGAUAAGGAUGCGAAUGAGAUUUUUGACGUCGAAGAGGAGCGUUAUCGAUAUCAAAAUGAGCAGGAGCCAAAAGUUGCCGAACGCGACGAAUACUUGGGACUGAACUUAAAACAUGGAAAACAUGGUGUGUAUGAUGUAGAAGAUUUGGUUGAUGUAUUACGAAAGGAAAAUGCGGAAGAUGUUUUUGUAUGUUCUGUUCCUAAAGAUUUAAAAUAUGUAGAUUAUAUGGUAGUAUGUAGCGGUCGGAGCUAUAGACACAUGCUGGCGAUUGCGGAAUUUGUGAGACAUAUUUACAAAGUAAAGCGAACAAAAGGAGAGAUUUUACCAAAGAUAGAAGGUGAAAAUAGUCGACAAUGGAUGGCAUUGGAUUUGGGUAACAUUGCGCUGCAUGUCUUCUCUCCUGAAGCUCGUGAACAAUACGAUUUGGAAUCGCUAUGGGCUAUUGGAAUUGAGUAUGACAAAGAAACGCAUAAACCACAGGACCCACUUGUCGAACUUUUUGAAAAACAUUCAAUUUCGCUGGGAGACACACAUCGAACACUUGGUGAUCACUGAUACCCCCCCAAUAUACGUAUGAAUUCGUUGAUUUUUUUAAUAUAUGGUAGUAGUGUAUAUAAUUCUUUAUAGUAUCAAAAUAGUUACCAAUUUAUAAAAUUAUUUGAAAACUUUUUAUGAAAAUCAUAUAAACUUUGGAAAACAAAA